AAAUGGAUGGAAAUAGACAAAAUCACUAAAUUGGGUAGGUUUGAUCUUUGUCACUGAGCAGGAUUAGACUUGUAUAUGUGCUACUUCACUUUUAGGUCCUGUAUCUUUCCACAUGCAACACCAAUAUCUAAACUCACUUGUAAAUGUAGACCACUAUUAGGCACUUGCCAUAAGUAAGAAAGACGUAAUACAAAGCUGCCUUGCUUUGAAGUGUUUGCUUUGGAUGGCCAGGGAAUUUUGGACGCUUAGUCAGUGACUCUGAAAAGGGAAGCCUGCAUUCUACUAGUUACACUAAUAGCUUCUGUCAAGUGGCCCUGCGUGUAAUCCUGGCCACCAAAUGAAGCACCAAGCUGGAUUUUAGGUGCACAGUAAAGCUCCACCUGAUGUGUCUUGGCUUCACUACACUGUGAGGGGAUGAGGAGACAGUCUACGUGGUAGAGCUGCUCAAGACGACCUUUACUUGUUGUGGUUGAUGGAGGAACAAGGAGCAACCCAAACAAGAAAUUGGUCAGCAGGUGGCUCUGCAGCGAAAAGUUAAGACAAAAGUUGGGUGAACAUGGACAUCGGAGGUUUGGAGACAGUGGUGGCCAACUCGGCCUACGUGUCAGCAAGAGGAAGCGUGGAUGGCGCAGCGGCGGCUACCCUGCGAGACAAAAAGAUGCGGGCCAAGCUGAAACUCCCACACAUCCGAGAUUGCCAACACAUGAAAGCGUCCGUGGGCAAAACCUUCGAUAGCAUGUGCGUCAACGAGCCCGUCGGCAAGCGGCUCUUCCAGCAGUUUCUGGAGAGCGACGUCGCCCACAAAACUGCCGGAGAGCUGUGGAAGGACAUUGAAGACUACCUCAUUUGCCAAGAAAAGGACCGAGUCCAGAAGGCUCAAAAGAUGGUCAAUAAAUACUACGAGUCGGCGUCAAAGAACUUCUGCAGUUUCCUGGAAGAGAAGGCUGUCACCCGAGUGAAGGAGGACUUCAAAAACGUCCACGGUGACUUAUUUAAAGAGAGCGAGAAACAGCUCCUCAAACACCUGGAGACAAAGGCCAUGGCCGGCUUCAAGCAGAGCAUGUACUUCCUGCGUUACGUUCAGUUCAAGUGGUUGGAGGGCCAGCCCGUCGACGAGGAGUGGUUCAUGGACUUCAGGGUCCUCGGCAAGGGAGGUUUCGGAGAAGUGUACGCUUGUCAGGCUAAGGCCACGGGCAAAAUGUACGCCAAUAAAAAGCUGGAUAAAAAGAGGCUGAAGAAACGCAAAGGCUAUGAGGGUGCGAUUGUGGAGAAGCGCAUUCUUGCCAAAGUCCACAGUCGCUUCAUCGUGUCGCUGGCCUACGCCUUCCAGACCAAGACUGACCUCUGUUUAGUCAUGACUAUCAUGAAUGGCGGGGAUCUCAGGUUUCAUAUGUACAACGUGGACGAAAAAAACCCCGGUUUCAACGAGAAGAGAGCUUCUUUCUACACAGCACAGAUCAUCUGCGGGCUGGAGCACCUUCACCAGCACCGGAUCAUCUACAGAGACCUCAAGCCAGAGAAUGUGCUGCUGGAUGAUGCAGGACACGUCCGCCUCUCAGAUUUGGGCCUGGCUGUUGAACUUCCUCCAGGAAAAGACAAAACUACUGGCUAUGCGGGAACUCCCGGUUUCAUGGCUCCUGAGCUGCUCCAGAAAAAGGAAUACGACUACACAGUGGAUUAUUUCACUCUGGGAGUGACUUUGUUUGAGAUGAUCGCAGCCAAAGGACCCUUCAGAAUACGAGGAGAGAAGGUGGAGAAUGACGAAGUGGCCCACAGAAUUUUGAACGAUCCGGUUCCGUACACGCCCAACUUUAGCAAGGACUGCAAAGCGAUCUGUGAAGGGCUGAUGGAAAAGGAUCCGGGGAAACGCCUUGGCUUCAAAAACAACGAGUGCGCUGAUCUCAAGCGUCAACCGUUCUUCAAGGAGAUUAAUUGGGGACGUCUUGAGGCUGGUAUGCUGCCUCCACCAUUUGUUCCUGAUCCCCGAAUGGUCUACGCCAAAGAUAUCGACGACGUGGGCGCCUUCAGCACCAUCAAAGGUGUGGUCAUGGAUAACAAGGAUACAGAGUUCUUUGCUGACUUCGCUUCGGGCAACGUUCCAAUCCCCUGGCAGGAGGAGAUGAUAGAGACGGGCGUUUUUGGAGAGUUGAACAUCUGGGCUGAGAAUGGAAAGCUGCCUAAUGACCUCGACCCAAACUAUGUGGAAGCCAAAGGUGGAGGGUGUGUGAUUCUUUAAAGUAGAAUGUUCUUUUUUUUUUUUUUUUUUUUAAUAUUCCACCAUUGUAGCAGCUCUCAUUAAACUGUGGAGGAAAUACAUCAUUGUAGUAUUAUAGUACGGUACUCUCUGAAACUGUAUAUAAUGGUCACAUUAAUUUAACAUUGUUAAAAAAUCUGUUGUGCGCAUAAACUUGUAAUUAUGUAUUUUAGUGUAAUAUAAGUUGCAUGUGUGGACUGUGUUAGCUUUAUAAGCAGUAUGUAUUCUUAUCUAAUGUCUUACAACUAAUGUAAUGGUCAUCGCCAGAAACACAAUGAAUUAAAAUCUUGCUAAGCAUAAA